AUGAUCUCUGACUUCUGUGUUUGCCUGGUUGUACCUGCAGGCAUCGGGCCAGUGCUUGGCCUGUUGUUCAUCCCCCUGAUCGGCUCAGCCAGUGACCAGUGCAACAGCAGUUACGGCAGGAGGCGGCCUUUCAUCUGGCUGUUUUCGAUGGGAGUCCUUCUGGCGCUUUUCAUUAUUCCCCACGCUGACGUCCUGGCAGCCCACGUUGCUUGGGGUGGCCGCACGCUCCAGGUGGGCUUCCUGAUCCUUGGCGUUGGGCUCCUUGACUUCUGUGGACAAGUUUGCUUCACUCCGCUCGAGGCUCUUCUGUCAGAUUUGUAUCGGGAUGAGGAGGACUGCAGCCAAGCCUUUGCCAUGUUCUCCUUCAUGGUGAGCUUGGGAGGCUGUGUGGGUUAUUUGCUACCUGCGCUGGACUGGAGUCACGGCCUCCUCUCGGUUUACUUGGGAGGCCAAGCAGAGUGCCUCUUUUCCCUCCUCAUCCUCAUCUUCAUCUCCAGUGUGCUAAUCACCAUGAAGGUGUCCGAGGAACCCUCUUGUGCCAACAGCGGCUCGGGAGAGUCGGGAUCUCUACUGGAGCCGGGGACCGGUGUGAUGGAGGCCGGCCGGUGUGGCGUGCCACGCUCGUGCUGCUACCUGCUGAAGUGCAAGCUGAGGCUCCUCAAGUCUGGACCCCUGAUGUGCUUACUGAGGACGUGCUGGUCCAUGACGCCGGCCAUUUACAGGAGCUACUGCCACGUUCCACGGGUGAUGAGGCAGCUGUGCGUGGCUCAGCUCUGCAGCUGGAUGGCUGUCAUGUCUUUUAUGCUUUUCUACACAGACUUUGUGGGUGAAGGCCUUUACGAGGGCGUGCCCAGUGCAUUACCAGGGAGUGUGUCCAAACAAAGAUAUGAUGAAGGAAUCCGUAUGGGCAGCAUGGGCCUAUUCCUGCAGUGUGCUACCUCAACCUUUUUCUCUCUGGUUAUGAGUCGUUUGGUUCGGCAUUUGGGAUCCCGGUGGGUUUACCUGAGCAGCAUGGUGAGCUUCACAGUCUCCGCUUUGGUCAUCUGCCUGUCCAAAAGCGUCGUCUUGGUCACUGUAAUGGCAGCUCUCACUGGCUAUGCAUACGCGACACUGCAGACCCUCCCUUACACUCUCACCUGCCAUUACCACAAGGAGAUAGAGGUCUACAUGCCAAAAAGAAUAACCAAAAGCAGACAUAAAAACGGUGUAACAGCCAUGCGGGACUCUGUGUAUUUGACUCCUGUGGAAGAGGAGGGUGGACUGAACCACCAAACAGGGCCUCCUUACAGGCACGCCUUGUUCAGCCAGGACAGUUACGAGUACUACCCCGGCCCGCAAAGCCAAAACGGUUCGUCUCACAGCUCCAACGUCCCCGAGCAGGACGAAGCCGAGUCGGGCUUUGAGAAACGCGGUGUGGGCUUGGACUUCGCCAUCUUAGACAGCACCUUUCUCCUCUCUCAGGUUUUCCCCACCCUCUUCAUGGGCAUGAUUGUUCAGUUUGCUCAGUCCGUCACUGCCUAUAUCGCUUGCUCUGCCAUCUUUGGAGCUGUCGCCAUCUACCUGGCCAGUCAGAUUGUCUUUGACCAAAAGGACCUCAGAAACUGAGUGAUGGGAUCGCCGAUAAUCAACCCUUCAGGUUCCACGAGUGGUACUCGCUGCACUACUGUUCCCAGAAAGCCUUUUGCUAGUAACAUUUUUUUGCUUUCACCGACACUCUGCAUUAAGGUAUAUCUGUUAGCGUGUGAAACUGGCUUACCGAAGAUAAAGUCAGGAGCUGUUUGCCGUGUUAUUGCAGGAAUUAUCUGUUACCAGAAGAGUCACCACCUGCUCAGGUCCGAUGAGGUACAAUGUGUACUGAAACCUAUUGAAUUCAACAGACGUGUCUCUUUAAAACUGUCACGGCAUAAUUUCUGUCCACCUUUUUCCUCAGGUACCUUCAAACAGAUUUACUGUACAACCCGUCAACCUCGAAUACACCAACUAACUUUUCUGAAUCGUAUUUUUUAAUUAUCUUAAGCUACAGUUUUACACAGUGCAGUCUGUUUUUGUCUUUGCUCACUCGUCUUCACUGUCACUAAAGCAUUUCCCAUAAUGGUCAUCUUACUUAAUGACAUUUAAAAUUAAAUUAGGUGAGCGUGGGGAGUCGUCAAUCUAAUGCAAGAUGGCAGAACAGAUAAAUUGGUUUCUUCAGAAAUAUGCUACUUUAUUCAUUAAUUUGAGAGCAUCCAGAGAUGGUCUUGCCAACUCUGUAUGAUCUCUUAUUAGACCGUCCUUUCCUGCAAAAUGUCAUCAUCUUUCUACUUUAUAAUAGGGCUGCCACAAACGAUUAUUUUGAUAGUCGACUAGUCACCGAUUAUUUUUGCGA